AUGUCUACAUCCUACGAUCUUACAUCCUACGGCCUCACCAUAUCGCCCACAAUGUGCUUUGUGGACAACGAAUUUAUCCGGAGUACCAGAUGUAUCGUCUGGUCCAUGGUAUUAUUAUUCACGGUCCAAGUUGCCGUUCUACACGUUGCGGUUAUCCUCAUAGACAAAACUAUCCAGCUAGUCACCCCAAGUUUCUUGAAUCUGGUUGUCCAUGUCUUCGGAAAACUAGAAACAUACUGCGAUUAUCUGAACUGGAAAUGGCUGGCCUGGCUUCUCAACAUCUUGGCUAAGAUCUCUACAACUGAAGAAGACAGACGCCAACAAAAGGAGUUGAUCAAGGAAAAGGAGAUAGUGAUGUACGAGAAUGAAUUGCAUCAAGAGCGAUACGAGUAUUUGAUUGAAACACUCGGCUCCUUGGAAAAGCAAGCAGAAAAUCAAACCCUCACAGCAGAGCAGAUUCAAACCACAUGCGAUCUAGACGUCGAACUGUCUCUGCUUCCCUACGCGGCGGCUGAUACAACUCAUGAGUUCCAACAGCUGGAAAUUCAUCGUCGCGAUGGGGCGUGGAUACGUGCUGAUAGGCGAACCAGUAGCCCUAUUCUACGAACAGCUGGUCGAUACAAGAGACUGGCACACAUUAGCACAAUCGCAGCCAUGCGCCAAUAUAUCCGACGAAAGAGUCUGCAGCUGCUUCCUUGUCUUGACUGUCGCCGUCGCCGUAGACAAUCCAGACAACAACGUCGCAACAGCAAUGAGAAUCAAGGUGGUACCGGAGAGCAAAAUAUUGAACUUAUUCCUCAACAGCCAUUGCCUCAGCCUGAACCUGCUACUGACGAACCCGGCACAGAUACCCCACAGCCCGUUCAAAAUGAGCAUAACCCUGCUGUUGACCCAGAGAUGUUGCCCGAAGCCCCGGCUGCUACCGACCCCGAGUUAACUCCUGAAGCCUCCUCAGACGGUCAAUCCGAAGUUUCAUUCACUUCUAGCGCUAGACGUCGUCUAGAGCAUUUUGUCCUUAUUGAAACUCCUGCAGCCGCAGCAGAUCCACAACCCAGAUCCUCGACUCAACGCUUUACUAGAAGUCGUUCAAAGACACCCGCCGGAGAUGCGGCAUCUAGAUCCCCUAUUCGCAAACAGCGUGGACGCCGCAGUCCUCCUGUACGUAGGCCUCUAUCUCCAAGGCGAAGAUUUGGAUUUGGUACCCCAACUGAACCCACAGUACCUAUUCCAGGUCCCCCAACCGAACCAUGGGCUAGUCAAAAUCCUACAGGUCAAUCAACAAUCCCCGGCGGAGAUGGAACAUCCGGAUUCCCUCUUCGUGAACAGCGUCACAAUCCUCCUCCACGUAGGACUCAAGCUCGCACAGACCCAAGAUAUCAAUUUGGAUCUACUAACACUAGUAGACGCACCGCGGAGCUAGAAAGCCCAAUUGAAUCUACGGAACGUAUUCUAGAUUUCGCACCCGAAUUUUAUCCUGAGACUUCUGCUGCACACGACGCUACAAGUCAACCACCAAACCCCGAGGGAGAUGGAACAUCUGGAUCUCCUCCACGUGGACCUCGCGGAAGAAUUCAUUUCCCAGAACUUCCUCACAGAGACCCUGCGGAGCGGUUACCACUCAGCGGAGAUUCAACCAGUGAACAUCCUCGUCGCACAAAGCGUGGACGCCGCGCCAUAUCACCAGUACCAGGACCAGAAUCCCGGACAGAAAAGCCAGGCGAAGAAAGCCCUGAAGAGGAUGAAGCCACGCGUACUGCCAGAUUCCGCCGAAAGGGAACUAACUACCAAGACUGGAUAGACCGAGCCAAUGACGCCGACUGCCAAAGACCAUGUCCCAUCCAGCGGUCAACACUUACAUGGAACGAUAUUGCGAGAAACCCUGAUGAAGCUCGGCGAUGGGAUAUAGGGAAGGAGAAAAAGGUAGGCCCCAACCAGGUGGCAAUGAAGGACCAAGUCCGAGCACCCGGUCUAGCAACCGGACAAUAUGACUACCGCAAAACACAGAUUUCACGUUUGGAGAAUGCAGGGUAUAACUUACAUACGCACCGCAUGGGUCCCGGCGUCAUUUUCGCGGAGUUUUGUCAGAGGCCGGUAGGUAGUGUUAAUCCUCAUUGGUCUGAGAUCGCUCUGGCUCAGUACCAGCAUCACUAUGAUAUUGAUACUCUGAGACUCGGUUAUUCGAAGGAUAGUCAGGAGGUUCUGACUUGGGAGUAUAACACUGAGGGUUAUAAGGAGAUUAUGGGUGUUGUUUGGGGCAAAGGCGUUGGUGCGCUUGGAUUCGCCAGCUUCUAUUGA